AUGCAAGGUAGUGUUGCCAAUGUGACUUUCAUUUCAGAUGACUGGAUGUUUGAGAGGCCAUCCAAUCAGUACUUCCUAGGGCAAUUCCUGAAGCUUGAAGCUUCUGUGAAGCAGUACAACCAUGUUCCUCUGCGCAUCUUUGUGGAUGGUUGUGUGGCUACUGCGGCCCCUGAUGUGAACACCACCUCUCCAAGAUAUUCCUUUAUUGAGAACCAUGGGUGCCUGGUAGAUGCAAAGCUUACAGGCUCCACUUCCAGUUUCAUGCGUCGUAUUCAGAGUGACAAGCUGCAGUUUCAGUUGGAGGCUUUCAGAUUCCAGCAAGAUGAUAGUGGCUUGGUGUACAUCACCUGUGCUCUAAAGGCUGUCAUGGCCUCAACCCCCACAUGUCCAGAGAACAAGGCUUGCUCCUUCAUAAAUGGCUGGACUUCUGUAGAUGACAAUGACCAGGUGUGCAUGUGCUGUGACUCCAUGUGUGGUCUUGGCAGAAAGGGACUAGCACUGUCUGAUUCAGGUAACCUAAAAGCAUCUUUUCGGCCUCCAAGACCUGCAAUGAGGCCUGCUGGGGUGGAUGCACGGAAGCUUCAAGAACCUGGAAGUAGUCAGUCCAAACAGCUUAUGCAGGCUCCUAUGGCACCUUUGACCUGGCAUUUUCCAGUAAUGCCAGAAGAGCCCCAACAGCCAGAUGUGCCUUUUGAGCCACAUGUACCUAUAGCUCCCCAGAGUGUUGCAGCACAAUGUGGAGAGAACUUUGUGCAUGUGGAGGUUAAGAAGGACUUCUUUGGUACUGUUCUGGAUGCUACCUGUGUCAUGUCUUUGCUUCUUGAGUCCAGAAGGUCCAAGAACUGUGAAUGA